AAUAAUACGGAGAAAGAAGAGUUCUUCUUCGUCUUCUUCGUGCUAUGCAACAGCUCCCCUCUCCAAACUCUCUCACCUCAACUUCCUCUCUAUCGUUCUUCAACCGCCCACCGAAAUCCGACCUCCGUUGCGCCGCUCGACUCACCGGACGACGAUCACCACGCUGCACCGCAACUCUUCAGGCCGAUUUCAAGGGUCAACCGGCCUUGAUCGGCGUCGCUCUCUCCGACUUCCUCCACGGAUUUCGUCGUCAGUCGAGCCGUUCAACACCUAACCAUCUUUCGCCGUCAUCCCGCUAGCCGAAUCGUCAGUAGCCUCGUUCUUUUCCGGCUAUCUCACACGGAAUCUAAGAUUUGGGCUGCUGUCCAGCCGUUAGGAAAUGCGAAAUUGAGUGUUUUGGCACGCGUUGGAUUUCGAACUUAGAAGGUUGUUCGAGUGCUGUGCAUUGGAAUUAAGGCUACUUUGAUAAGUGUUCGAUAAGAUUUUGGGUUGAGAUCUUGACCCAUUGGAACUGCCUUCUCCUGCCGCUGACGAACCCCAUCAUCUUCAAUUUCUCAGACUAGUUAACUUUGCUUUUGGCAGUCUGAGAACAGCGUAAUGGUUAAAGCAUACUCUCAGGAGUACACUUACAAGCACCCGUGGGAACGGGUAACUUGUGCAUCUUGGCGUAAAUUUGCCGAUCCUGAAAACAAGCGUACAUUGUCACAUAUUCUUGAAGUUGAUACCUUGAACAGAAAGGUAGAUGCUGAAUCUGGGAAGCUAUAUACAACUCGUGCUAUCACCAUCCAUGCCCCUGGACCAUGGUUUGUCCGUAAAAUUGUUGGUCAGGAUAUUUGCCAUUGUGUUGAAUCUACUGUCGUAGAUGCUCGGUCACAAUCAAUGCAACUCACCACUCGGAAUAUUAGUCUCCAGAAAUUCAUAGAAGUGGUUGAAAAAAUUAGGUACGAACCUCACCCAGAAAAUCCGAACGGAUGGACUAUUUGCAAACAGGAGACUAGUAUUCAAAUCAAGCCAUUGUCAGCACUGGCAUCGAUGGCUGAAAAAGUGGAGCAACGGUGUGCCGAGAAGUUUGUCCAAAACAGUGCCAAAGGUAGAGAAGUGAUGGAGAGGAUUUGUAAGUAUCUUGAAGCAGAAUCAAGUGGAUUCGCAAUCUAACUUUUACUUCCUCUCCCUGUUAUGCACCGGUUCAAAGGGAUCGAUAAGAAUAUUUCCAGAGACAAGGUGUUUUAUGCCAAAAUAAUUCUCAUGGAGAAGCAGAAAGCAUCAUAUUAGAACUCGUCCCAAGUUUUGAUAAGAUGAGAUUUAAUUAUAGAGCAUCAUGUACUAUUGAUGUUUCCUGUCAUCUUCCAGCUUUUAGUUGAUUGCUUGUAAAAUGACCUUGAUUUUCCUCAUAACCUCUAAUAAAUAUGCUUACAGAAUAUGUACUUUUUUUUCA